GAGCUGGGAAGGCUUCGUGACGAGGGCCGCCGGCGUGCAUGGAGGCUAAGAUGGAGCCACUUGAACUCAAAGACAAUGGUGAUCACCAACCAUCUUUAGAGUCUUCCCUUGAUUCAGGUGUGAUAUAUGACGACACACCUAUAUGUCCACGCAUUGGAAGUGAGUACCAGGCAGAAAUCCCCAAACUGUCCACAGAGGGUGAGCGCCGUCGGUUCAUCAUGACCAGCUCACAUGAAAGCAUGGUACUUGAUUAUGAUUACCCUGGUAUGAUUGGGCCAGAUAUAUCAAUUAUGUGGGCAUCAAGUGAAGUCCAUAACGAGGAGAUACUACGAAGGCAGCAUUCUUCAGAAAGUGAAGCAAGAGCCAGCAGCCAGGAUGAGGAUACUAAGCUGACCUCAAUUUCUCCAAUCCAAAAAGAUACAAGUGACCAUGAUUCAACAGACCAGGAUUCACAUUCAGUGGUGCCCGUUGAUCAGAUGGAGUCUGGCAGCAAUCUAGCACAUGGUGAGAACUUCGAUUCCUCUUCUACUCAAGAAGGUCUCAACUUUACCAAUAAGCCGUUGACACAGCAAGGGGAAAUCAAGCAAUUUACUCCACUACCUGGUUUAUCCAGUUCCCUUUGGAGUGGUAUUGAGGCAGAAUGUUUUCUUCUUGGGCUAUACAUUUUUGGCAAAAAUCUAAGCCUGAUGAGCAGGUUCGUUGGCAAUAAGACUGUUGGUAAUGUGCUCUUGUACUACUACGGAAAGUUCUUCCGAGGAGAUGAGUAUAAAAGAUGGUCGGACUGCAGAAAAGCAAGAACUAGGAGAUGCAUUCUUGGAGAGCGCAUCUUUACAGGUUCUCGUCAGCAGGAGAUUAUAUCUCGUCUGAAAUCUGUAAUCCUCAAAGAAUCUCAUGAUUCACUACUCGAGAUCUUCAAAUCUUUUAACAACGGACAGACAUCUUUAGAGGAUCUAGUCUUUUCUAUAAAAUCCAUUGUUGGAACAGAAGCUUUUGUGGAGGCUGUUGGAAUUGGUAAAGGGAAGCAUGAUUUGACUGGAUUUGUUCAGGACCUAUCUAAGCCAAACCAAGUUCUUUCUAUUCACCCUGACAUGCCUACAGGCAAAGAUUGUUCCUUGCUUUCUUCAGAAGAUAUAAUCAAGUUUUUAACAGGUGGUUUCAGAAUAAGCAAGACAAGAUCAAAUGAUCUUUUCUGGGAAGCUGUCUGGCCCCGUUUGAUUGCAAGAGGGUGGCGUUCAGAGCAGCCCAAAGAUGUCGGGCCAACUAAGAAUUGCAUUGUGUUUCUUGUGCCAGGUAUUAAAAAGUUCUCAAGAAGUAAACUCACUAAAGGUACUCAUUAUUUUGAUUCUGUGAGUGAUGUCCUUAAACGAGUGGCAGCAAAUCCCGUCCUUCUUGAGCUAGAGGUUGGUGGAACGGAUAAUGGUGUUACUGCGGAGCAAAAUGGGAAUUCCACAGACAUAAAUCUGAGCCAAGAUGGUCCUUUGGAUGGCUACCAAGAGCUUCCAAAAUUCACAGUUAUCGAUACCACCUUGGUCCAGGGGGAAGAUCCAUUCAGAGUCAGGGAGCUGAGGAAAUUACCAGCUGAUGCAAAUGUUCAGUUUGGCCCUUCAUGCCAUUCUCGUAGUACUGUGAGUUUCAGUUCCUCGGAUGAGCAAGAUGAGGAUGAUCAAUCAUCAGAUGACCAGAAAGUUUGUCGACGAGUUACAGCUGAUGUGAAUGGCGCUGAAAUUGUUUCGGUGCGCAAUGAAGGCAAAGAAAACCAAGUUCAUUUAUUGCAGAACAUGUCCACUGCACCAUCCUUUAGUUAUCCAGUCAAUGGCCAUUCUUCUAAUGGCAGUAGUAACAAAAUUGAUUUGGCAUGCUUCUUUGGCCCCAAAAGAAAAACUGAAAGGCGCAAGUACUUAUCCCCAGUGUCAAAGCACAGAAGAUUAUCCAGCUGUAGCAAUGAUCAGACCCGUCGGCGCAGCUUUUCUUUCUCGAAUGGAGAUGGUUUAGUGAGAGAGAAAAUCAAGCCACUGUCGACUUCGUCAAAACCAACUGUUGUCGAUAUUGGUUGUAAUAUUCAGACCAAAUUAGUUGCAAGAUGUUCCACAACGGAGAAGCCAUAUAAGCAGGGCUUGGUGAUUCCUAAAGUUCGUUCAAAGAUCAGAACCACUAAGGCAAAUUUUGCCGAAGAAGGGGUGCGGAUUAGUAGUUUGGUUGGUCGGGUUACACCGGAGACAGCGCUAGAUGGUAAGACAAACACAAAUGGUCACAUGAAGGCCGGGGAAGAUCUCACCGUUUCAAACAGCUAUUGGGUCCCUGAUGUUUCAGAGGCAACAGGAGGGCCUGCUAUCCCGCAACCUGAUCUGGCUUCACCGGUGAAUUCUCGGAGGCACGGAUCCAGGAACAGAGCACCCACAGCAAAAGCUUUGGAAGCAGUUGCCUUGGGGCUCCUUGGAGGAAAGCGUAAGGAUGAACUGAAAAGCUCUAGGACAAACAGGCCUCGCAAGAGAGCUCACAAAUCCUUGGUUUAUACGCCUACAAAUAGUGACACAGAGAAAUCCACCAUGGAGGUUGAUGCGCAACCGUGA